AUGGCAACCACCACCGCCGUUUCCCGUUUCCACGAACACUUUUCCAUUCGCAGUACUCGCAGCACCAUCACCAUCAACAGCGAAAUCUCUUCUCCUUCUUCUUCUCCUUCUCCUUCUCCUUCAUCGGACGACAUCUUCAAAGCUCCUUCUCUCAAUGCUGCCGAGUAUGAAGAGGACCAUCAUCAUCAGCAGCAGCAGCAGCAGAACAAUACCAAAUCUCCAACCACCACAGGAUUAGGUUUCUUACCAUUUGCCGCCGUGAUGAAAAAAGCUGCUUCUAGAGGACCACUGGACUGGAAAAAGAAAUCUAAUAACAAAGAUGUGCAGAUCACUGACUCGCCUUCUUCUUUCCCCAAGAACCUCCAUCAUCUGGAAACACCCAGUUUGGGAGCCUCUUCAUUGGGAAUUUCUUGUCUCCCUGACACAAUUUUUGAGGUUGGGGAUUCGGAUUCUGAUGAUUUUGAGGGUUCUUCGGUGGCGACGUGGGAUUAUCCUAUUCCUGUUGAUGAAGUGGGGAUGGGACAUGAUCAUGAUGAGGAGGGCUGGAGGGGUGGGGAAGUUGGAGGCAAUGAUGGGAAUUGGGAGAGGGUGAUUGUGAUUGAAGAGGCGGUGGGGGGAGAAAGAGAAGAUGAAGAAGAAGGUGGUGGUUGGGAUGAUGAGAGGAGGAAUCGAGAGUAUCAGGGGACGAGAUUGAGUGAUGUUGUGGAGGUGACGGAGUUGAGUGAGAUUUUGGGUGUGCCCGCGCCAAUGCCGAUGCUGGGAGCAGGAGCAGGGGGAAGUGGAAGUGGAAGUGAAAUGGUUGUUAGGGAUUGGUCUUCUUCUUCUGGGGAGAGUGAAAGUGAAGGUGAGGAGGAGGAAGGGGUGGAAGGAGGAGGAGAGGAUGAAGUGAAGAGAUCGGAUAUGGAUGAGCGCAAGACUAUGUCAGAAGUCCUUAUUUUCAUAAGUUGA